CCUCUUGUUCCUUAAAUAAUGUCAAAUUUAAUGACGUGCAGAAACUUUAUUCUACCUUAAUUUAACCUUUUAGUUUACCCUGCGACACUUCUGUUUCCAAGGAUAGAAUGGUUAUUAUAGCUAGUCCACUUUCGCUUUGAUGAUUGUUUUAUGAACAACUUUGGACUGUACUUUAACAAACUAGACUAGAAGAAGAAGAAGAACAUCUCCGGCUGGAGAAGUGUUGUUGGAUUUUCAGACAAGUAAAGAAAGAAUGGCUGAAAGCGUUGGAACACAAUUGUACACAAUAGCAAUAAUAAUAGGGUUAGUAUGUUUUGCAGGUUUAAUGGCAGGUCUUACUUUAGGUUUAAUGUCUCUUAGUUUAGUCGACCUUGAGGUACUCAUCAAAUCUGGUCGUCCUCAAGAUCGGAAAUAUGCUGCGAAGAUAUUUCCAGUAGUAAAGAAUCAGCAUCUAUUACUAUGCACUCUUUUAAUUGGGAACGCGUUAGCUAUGGAGUCUCUCCCGCUAUUCUUGGAUGAGCUCGUGGCUCCUUGGGCGGCUGUUCUAUUAUCUGUGACUCUAAUCCUCAUGUUUGGAGAGAUAUUGCCACAAGCUGUCUGCACUCGUUAUGGUAUGAAGGUGGGAGCGAUGACAGCACCCUUUGUUCGUGUUCUGCUUUGCUUGUUCUUCCCAAUUGCUUACCCAAUUAGUAAGAUGUUGGACUGGAUGCUGGGUAAAGGUCAUGCUGUCCUUUUACGGAGAGCAGAGCUCAAGACAUUUGUUGAUUUUCAUGGGAAUGAGGCUGGAAAAGGUGGGGACUUAACACAUGAUGAAACUACCAUAAUUGCUGGUGCUCUCGAGAUGACUGAAAAGACGGUAAAAGAUGCCAUGACUCCCAUUUCCAGCGCAUAUUGCAUUGAUCUAAAUUCAACUCUUGAUUUGGAGACAUUGACUGCGAUAAUGACAAAUGGACACAGUAGAGUUCCUGUUUAUGCAGGCAACCCAAAGAACAUAAUUGGGCUUGUCUUGGUCAAAAAUCUGUUAACAGUUGAUUCAGAUGACGCAGUCCCUCUGAAUAAAAUGAUCAUACGGAAAAUUCCUCGGGUUCCAGAAACUAUGCCUCUUUAUGAUAUUCUGAAUGAAUUUCAGAAGGGUCAUAGUCACAUAGCUAUUGUGAUUAGGGAUCAUAAUGAGACAAAUGAAUCAAAGAAGGCUAAGGAGAUCAAAUACAUUGAGACAAAGUUGCAUGGUAAGAAGCUGAAGGACUCAUCUGUUACCACUGCACAAGAACACAAAGGUUUAAACCCCCACGUUCCUGGAGCGAAACCAGAGUCUCGUGUAUCUCAGGUAGCAGUUACAGGCAACGAUGGAAAUCAACAGUCAAAAAGUCGUCCUUUGGGUGCUUUUGGCUCAAAAAAGCAACAUAAAGGUUGCUCACAUUGCAUUUUAGAUGUUUUGAAUUCUUCGAUUCCAGAAUUUCCACCAAAUGAAGAAGUUGUGGGUGUAAUUACCAUGGAGGAUGUAAUUGAAGAACUUCUCCAGGAGGAGAUACUGGAUGAGACUGAUGAAUAUAUAAAUAUACAUAACAGGAUAAAAGUGAACAUGCAAGGAAAAGUUCCGAGCCUGAACUCACCAGAACCUUCUCCCAUCUUUUCGUCAACUGGAUACAUACAAACGCCUUACAAUUUGGAGCAGCAUUCAACUUUAAAUGAGAAGGCUUAGAUCAUCAUAUCUAUUAUCUACUAGCUUAAAAUUAUAGAGGAAAAGCAUUGUAAAUUUUUUGUACCAUUUGAACCCUAUGAUAAGGCUUUGUUUUGGAUCCUUUAAAAAUCUGAAUACGAAAGUUCUAAACACGUGAAGUAUGAGGCUGAUCGGCCGUUGCAUCUCA